AUGGUGGUAGGUAUCCGAGAAUCUUCUCAUCGCCUACCCAUUCCCUUCAGAACACAAAAAAGAAACCAAAAAGUGAGGACGUCAAGAAAGCGGUGAAAAAAACGCCGAAAAAGGGGUCAAAAGAGCCGGAGGAGCGGUCGAGAAAUGCAGAAGUGAAGAAGGAGAAAAAGCGGGAGAAGGAGGAAGUUUCGAAGGCGCCGCCCGUCGAGAAGAAGGAGAAGAAGAAGGAGAAAGAGGAGAAAUCGAGGAUUCCAGACGAAAAAGACAAGAAAAAGGGUGCACAGAGUUCGCCGACUUGUGAGCUAUCUCUUAAAAUCAGGGCUGGGCAAUUGGCCGGCCCGGGCUUUUCGUUGGCCGACCAUUGACCUGGACUUUUGAACCACUUGCAAUAUUCCGAUCGGACCCAAACUUUGCAGGCUUCUUUGACUUGGAUUGAGGGCCAUUGGGACCAAGUUUCAGCCCAAUCGGAUCGUCAGGUCCCGAGAUAUGUGGAUCAUUGGCCGAUUUUUUCCAAAAAGCCCGGGCUUCCGGCCAAUUUCGGCCAAUGAUCCACAUAUCUCGGGACCGGAUGAUCCGAUCGAGCUGAUACUUGGUCCCAGUAUGCGUCAACCCAUGUCCAAGAAGCCUGCAAAGUUUGGGUCCGAUCGGAAUAUUGCAAGUGGUUCAAAAGUCCAGGUCAAUGGUCGGCCAACGAAAAGCCCGGGCCGGCCAAUUGCCCAGCAUUGCUUAAAAUAGUCGAAAUACUGAAAAACCCCGGCAACGUUUAGUGUUGAACAAGAGGAAAUUCUGCAAAAAGUUCUACAACGACGAGUUGGAGGCCAAAAAGUUGAUGCGAGCGUUUGUGGGCCUCCGCACGCCGAACAAUUGUCUCGCCGAGGCGAUGAAAAAGCAUCCGGACAAGUGCAGGUACAGUAAUCCAGAGAGCAGUAGUCUCUCAAAACGUCUGGUUUCAAGACGUGCGCACGUCGACAAAGUGGGCUAUAGUAGUACAUUUUUAACAAUUCUAGACUUGGCUCUAACUUUGAAACUUACGACUACACAGUAAUCCUCCUCUAGAUACUCGGACAUUCUGUGCCCCGACGUGACUCGUGUGGUGCUCGCCGGUCGUCCGCCCGAAAACGAUUUCAUCCACGCGAACUGGAUGACGAUGCCCGACGGCUUUCGCUACAUUUCCGCGCAAGGACCGAUGGAAGAGACGACCGAGGACUUUUGGCACAUGGUUUUCACCGAAAAGUCGCCAGCGAUUGUCAUGAUUUGUGAUUGGGUCGAAGGUGGGCGGGAUUAUUGUAGAUCAGCAAGUGAUAUUGUUGGGUUCUGUCAGAUGGCAUCCAAAAAUGUACGCGCUACAUUCCGUUCGACGACUGCGAAUCGCGAGUGUUCGGCGCAUGGACCGUCAAUCGGAUCGGCGACUCUUCGAUGCCUUUCGAAGACGUUCGACUCCAGCUUUUCGAGAUUUUCGACAAGGAUAAGUAAGUAGUGCGCUCUGUUGAGAAUCUGGAGAAAAAAAUGAAACAUUUCUAGGCCAGACACCCGUCAUACCGUCAAACAUUUGCACUACCUCAACUGGCCCGACCACUCGGCGCCGCUCAGCUCCACGUCUGUUGUCAAGAUGAUCGCAAUGCUCAGGGAUCCUUCGGUACGGGACAUUUUGCGAAAAAUGUCCUACAAAGCGUCUUUUGCAGGUCUCGGGACCACCGGUCAUCCAUUGUUCGGCCGGAAUCGGACGCACUGCCACGUUUAUUGGUGAUUGGUUCUGUUUGAUGAAAAUGUGCUCCAACGCUCGUUGCAGGUGUGGAUUACGGUAGUCAACGAAUCGGACAGACUGGCUGGGUGGAAAUGCUCGAUUUGGUGCGGGAGAUGCGUCUGAUGCGCGACAAAGCCGUCCAAAGUCAUCGGCAAUUCAUGUUCAUGGUCAUUUGUAUCACCGAUUUGAUGGUUUCGGUAAGUUGCAGCAGUUGCAAAAUGUCCUUUGAGUUUUUGCGAAAUGUCCUUUGUCAGCAAGGCGUCGUUCGCAACGAGAACAUGGACGAUUUGGUGGAAUCGUACAAGGAAUUCAUGGCGGCGCGCAAAAAACGGGCGGCCGAAAAGAAGGAAAAGGAGAAGAAACCAGAGACGAAGCCGGUGGAGCCGGCCAAAAAAGAAGAGCCGCAACCCAAAAAAUCGGAGCUGAAACCGGUGGAAGCGGCCAAAAACGAAGAGCCGCAACCCAAAAAAUCGGAACUGAAACCUGUGAAAGAGGAGGGAAAGUCGAAGAUUGAAGAGCCGCCCAAAAAGUCGCAAAUCGACUAG